AUGUCCAGCACUGGUGGCUCUUCAUCAUCCGCGGCACUAUCCUGUCUCCCCAAGGAAGUAACGGAAGUUGGGGGGAUCUACGCUCAGCUCGAGUGCUGCAAGAACUCGGCUAAGGUAGUGAAGAAGAGCAGCGAACCAGACGAUGCGGCGCGUUAUUACCAACUUGGCAUAGACGAGGCUGGUCGAGGCCCUGUGUUCGGUCCUAUGGUUUAUGGUGCUGCUAUCAGUGAUAUAAGGAAAAGUGACGCACUAGGGAAGAUGGGAUUCAACGAUUCGAAACAGCUCACUGAGGCGAAGCGAAGCGAAUUGUUCGAGGGUAUUCAUAAUGAGGCCCUCAAGGAUGAUGGGGUCCUUGGGUUCGCCGUACACGUGUUGACCGCGCAUGAGAUCAGCACUAAAAUGCUCAGGAGGAAUAAAGUGAACUUAAAUAGAAUCUCUCACGAGACAGCCAUAGGCUUGAUUGAGCACGCCCUGUCUGAGGGCAUCAACGUUAAAGAGGUCUACGUUGAUACUGUUGGUGACCCUGAGAGGUACCAGAAUAAGCUCAGUAGUAUAUUCAAACGCCGAGGAGUUGACACUAUUGUGGUGUGCAAAAAAGCAGAUGCGAUUUACCCUAUAUGUUCAGCAGCUUCCAUCUGUGCUAAGGUCAUUCGGGAUAGGCUCGUUGAGGAGGAAAUAUCGUACUAUCCUGAGGGAGAAGGCGUGGCGACGCUUUGUAGGAGUGUAAAGGUGGGCAGCGGCUACCCUGGGGACGCUCAGACGGUGGAGUGGUUGGAGAAGGUGGUGGAUCCUGUAUUCUUAUUCCCGCGGCAGAUUAGAUUUUCGUGGUCUACCAUCGAAGAGAUCGAAAAAAAGAGAGCACUUGAGUUCGAUUGGCACGACGAUGAGUAUCUUGAGGGCAAUGAUGAGAAUAGGCCUGGUGAUAAUAACAGUAGUGGCAGGAGAGCAUCUCAGCCGAGCCUUCAGUCCAUGUUUAACGCGGCUAAGCGAGCUCGACGUAAAAUUUUCACGAGUCGUGGGAUGCUGAUUGAGGACGAUCGUGAGGAGCUCUGA